CCCAAAUUCAUGUUAAAAAAAGAAAGUAAUUUAAACCCAAAAUCCCAUCUGAAUGGGGAAAGUCCUAACCCCUCUUUGAUUUUACUUUGAGCAGUCUUUCGAGCAUUAAUCAAUGCCAACUGCCCAUGAGCCAUAUGACCAACCAAACAUAAAAUCGAACUAACAAUACAAUGUGCAUUAUAUUGUACGUUUUUUUACCCAUGCAAGGUGGUUCUUCCCUGCCUAAAUUCACCCACAUUUUCUUAUGGUGCAUUGUUUGAACACUCAAUCUCAAGAGUCAAAUAUUUAUGAUGCUAAUAUAGAGGCACAACUGUGGUUGAUUUGGCUGUGAAUAUGAAAAAUAAAACAUAACUUUUCUAUCAUCUAUAUGCAAUUCGAGCAUGUGGUUUAUGAAAUGACAAAUACAACAUGAAAUACUUAACUAUUUUAGUGAUGAAUGUAACACCCACCGUCAGCUCUCAUCGAUGGUAGGUAACGAGAUACUAAUGUACAUAGGGUUGAUGUUAAGAAAUAUAGCAUAUUCAUCGUCUUCUCUUUGUACGUAAGAGAAAAGUUCUGUGAUAGAGUCGAAAAUCAAAGCGAUGUAGGCAGAAAGAACGAACCAUAGAGAACCAAGCAAUUAAAAAGACCAAAACCUGUAAUAUUUCGGUCGACCCCUGUUUUUAUUAUUUCACAGCUCGAAUCUGAUUCCUGUAAUAUUUCGUUAUAAAUGAAAUAAUACAAGUGAUUCAUAAAAAAAAGACCAAAACCUUAUCAUCAAUUGUCCUAUAUAUUUCGCAAUUGUUUUACGCGAAUGUUGCAUGGAUUUUUACAAUAGUUUGGAAAUCAAAAGACGACGCCCAUGCCCCCGGCCAACCUAUGAGUGUCUUCACCAUGAAAACUUAUAAUAUGGUUGAUCGAACUAUUGUGUGCGUGUGUGUGUGUGAAAUAUGCAUUCCACAGAAAACACACUAAUCUUGAUAGGCCGUCGUCAUCUUUCGAGUAUCUAUGAUGCGAAAGGAAUGGUGGAAACCAAUCCCACAAGGUGAAUCGUUCCUCCUCAACUCCACAUCUCCACAACUGAUUUCAUAUUCAGUCUAAUGCUACAAUUACUUCCUUUCCUCCCUCUCGUUCUUAGUUCGUUAUUCUUAGCCACAUACCACGAACUGACAGUUUCAGUUUUUUUGUUUACGACCUAAAUUAAAUACAUAUCACACACGAAAUAUUCAUUAUACUCGAACCAAUCGCAUCACAACUAUCCUUUUACCAUUGGCACACCUAAACUAUUAUACUUUGGUUUGAACUAAUUUGCUCCAAUAUAUAUUUCCUUUUAUAAUCCAAAAGUUCUCGUAUACAUAUGCAUACGUUUAUACAUGUAAAAAUACGUCCAAUACUAAUGUAGCACACCGGCAAUUCAUCAUUAAAAAUACAUAUAUAGGAAACCGGCCAACCAAAUGUUCCGUAUAGAUCUCUCUUUUCUCUCUUUGCUAUCAAAGCUCCAAAACGUCACAACAUAAACCUCCAACCUCCCUUUCUCUUCCUUCAUUCCAUCUUGUCUCUAUAAAUACCCAUCAAACUUCCCCACAUUUCCCUUCACCUCAACACAUUCUCUCCUCUAGAAAAAAAAAGAACAAACACCAAUAACCACCUUAAUCACUUGCCUUCUCACGCAAGAAACCCUAUACCUUUUCACACAAGAAACACACACACACAAACAAACCCAUGCUUACGAUGGCUCCUUCUUCAACAUCGUCAUCACCUAGAGUUCUCUCUCUAAUCGCCACCAUCAUCAUAUUCUUCUACAUCUCCAUCACUCUAUCGUGCCAUCAUUGUGUUGCUGAUCAUCAUCGUGAUCAUCAUUACACCAUUGAACAAGAAAUCGAAGAACAACAAGGCGAAGGAAGGUCCAUUGGUGCUUACAAUGGUGAUAAUCAUUAUUAUCAUCAUCAUGGUUUUGAAGCAUAUCCAUCUUCAUCCUUUGGCAUGGCGGCCCAUGAUGGUGAUGAUGAUGAUGCCCAUUCCAUGGACUUGGUGAAGCUUACAAGUGAUGUCCUCAGCUUCAAAACAACCGAAAAAGUGGGUGCUACAUCAUCUUCUUCUUCGUCAUCUUCGUCGGCACAUAGAGUUCAAGUUGAAGAUUUUAGAGAGUACGCUGGUGGCAACGAUGACACUAAGAUGUUUGAGAAAGCGUGGGAGGCAGCUUGCAGCACAAAGGGCUCCGCGGUUCAGCUGGUCGUGCCGGCAAAAAACAGUUACACUGUUGGCCCAAUCACGUUCUCCGGCCCAUGCAAAUCCAGCAGUCUGACGGUCGAGAUCGCCGGCACCAUCCAGGCCUCCGGCGACCGGUCGGAUUACAAGGAAGACACCAGCCACUGGCUUCUUUUCGAAGGCGUCCAAAAUUUGGUCGUCCAAGGUGGUGGCACCAUCGACGGAAACGGCAACGUCUGGUGGCAAAACUCUUGCAAAGUCAACAAAGCUCUCCCAUGCACGAAAGCGCCAACGGCGGUGACGUUCUCGAAAUGCAACAACUUGGGCGUGAGGAACCUGAGGAUCCAAAACGCGCAGCAAAUGCACCUCACCUUCCAAGCCUGCACCAACGUCCAGGCCGCGAACCUCGCCGUGAAGUCACCGGAGAAGAGCCCCAACACCGACGGGAUCCACGUCACGGGGACCAAGAACAUCCGCAUCUCCGGCGCCGUCAUCGGGACGGGCGACGACUGCAUCUCCAUCGUGUCGGGCUCGCAGAACGUGGAGGCCACGGGCAUCACUUGUGGGCCGGGCCACGGGAUCAGCAUCGGCAGCCUGGGGGCCCACAACUCCCAGGCCCACGUUUCGGGUGUCACCGUGGACGGGGCCAGGUUCUCCGGGUCCACCAACGGCCUCCGGAUCAAGACGUGGCAGGGCGGGUCGGGCUCCGCGUCCAACUUCAGGUUCCAGAACAUCGUGAUGGAUAACGUGGAGAACCCGAUUAUUAUCGAUCAGAAUUACUGCGAUCAGGACAAGCCCUGCAAGGAACAGAAAUCGGCGGUGCAGAUAAAGAACGUGGUGUACAAGAACGUGAAAGGGACGAGUGCUUCGGAGGUGGCGAUAAAGCUGGACUGCAGCAAGAGCUUCCCGUGUCAGGGAGUGGUGCUACAAGAUGUUCAUCUAGUGAGGCAAGGGUCGCAGGAGGAUAAAGGAGCAAGGGCUGUGUGCAGCAAUGUGAAGUUGAGUGAAGUUGGAGCCGUUUCUCCAAGCUGCAGCCAUUGAAUGGGUGGAAUUUUAUGAAUGAAAUGAACGAAACCCUAAUUUCAUUCCACAUGAAUUGGGUUGAUGUAAAUAUUGAUGUAGUUACAGUAAAUAAAGUGAACACAAAUAGAGUCACACACUAGAAAGUAAUAGUAUACAGAUCAUACUUGUAAACUGCUGGUUCGUUGAAUUUGGGAUCGAUUUGAUAAUGUACAUAGCCGAUUUGAAUAAAGACCACACAGGUGGAAGUAUUGUUGAUUGCUAAAGUAUUGGGCCUGAGCUGCCUUGUCCAGUUUGUUGAUCAGUUGGAUGGGCUAACUGCAAGUUAUGUAAAGUAUUGGGCCUGAGCUGCCUUGUCCAGUUUGUUGAUCAGUUGGAUGGGCUAACUGCAAGUUAUGUACAGUUAACCCAAGGAGAUAAGGUAACAUGGAAGCCAUGGUCUUUUGGUUUUAUUUGGGCUGGGAAUCAGAAUGUUCGGUGUGAGUGAGUUCAUUACAACGGGAGGAAGAGCUAUGAUGCCAUGUGAGGUCACAUGCCCUUAUUUAUAUGCUUCAAAUUUCAAUCACGUGAGAGGUUAGACUUUAGAGGUAGGGUAAGUGGGUGACUGACUCAGACUCAGAGUCUCUUUUUGUCUUCCAGGGAAAGCAAAUCAAAGGUAGAGCAAGAAUUAUGAAAUAUACCAAGAUGGACUAAGGUAUCGUUUGCUUGUAGGAUUUGGGUGAUGGAUUUGGUAUCUAAAUCUCAAAUAUAAUGGAAUCGGCACAAGUCCAUUGUUUGCUAAGGGACACAAAUUCGUGGGGCCCACGGAUUUGGACCCAUUUUUUAGAUCCAAAUCUGUGGACCCCAAGGAUUUGCAAAUCCCACUUUUCAUUUGAGAUUUGAUAAUGAAAGGCAAACUGAACAAAUCCAUAAUGAAUAUAUGACAAAAAUAAACUACACAAACAAUGUACUCUUCCAAAUCCAUAAUGCAACAAAUCCAUCAUAAAUCCAAAGGUUUUGAAAACUCAAAACCCUCAUUUCAAAUCCAACAAGCAAACUAGCCCUUACUAGGGUCAUUUGGAUGACAUUUUUUAAAAUGAUAGACUUGGGACAAAAUCAUCCUUUAAAAAGCGUUUAAUGGAAUAGAGGAAAUUUGAGAGACACGGAGAGAGGGAGAUCGCUUUGAGGAGGAGAUUUGUGAUGGGGUUGAAGAAGAAAACUUGUAUAGGUGGGAGAAGUAGGUGGUGGCUGACGCUAAAGGAAAGGAAAGGAGGUUGCAUAUGCACAGAUCAGGAUAUAAGGAGAAACGAGGAAGUGGAGGCGAAAACGACGAUUCUGGUGGGGGGACGAGAAGAAACACGAAGAUGGUUGGAAUGAGAAGUCAGUAUAUCGAAGACAAGGAGGAAUGAAGAAGUAGUUGAUAGAUCGGAGAAAUGGACGAAGUCGAUAGAUAGUAGGGCUAGUGUUGGUUUAAACAAAAUUGGGAUGGAUGAUUUUGGAAUUGAAGAAAUAAAAAUGUGAUAUUUCAAAAUAGUCGGGAAAACUUUUCCAAAAUGUCAUAUUCGUGGAUUUUUAAAUUACCACAACCCCAAAACUUCUCUUUUACGAGAACCCCUUCUCAAACAAUGGAUUUUGGAAAAAAGUGGCACAAUCCCACCAAUAAAUAUCUCAUACAAAUCAUCUCUAUAUUUGUGAAUUCAUCAACUCUUUCACAUUCAAAAUUUAUCGACACAAAAAAAAAUUACAUUUUUCUCUGUUCGUAAUAUAUCAACCGAUAAAUAACGAGCAUAUAAGUCAAGUGCACAACUCAUCCUCCCAAUCCUCAAAAUCUUCCUUUUUCUCUCUCUUUUCCCGUCCAAUCUUUAUUGUAUUAGCCAUUAGGUACGUGAAAGGGAUCGCAUCCAUGGUCAGUAGAGCGGAUCAAGAGUUGAUGUUAUUUAUUAACGAACCAGUAAACCAUCGUUGCCGAU